AGUCAGAUCACAGUUGUGCGUGUGUUUUAGUCUCAGUAAACAAGCUGAUAGUGAACAAACGGGAGGACGUUAACAAGGACACACAGGUAAUUACACCACCUCCACCACCUCCACCUCCUCCUCAACCUCCUCCACCUCCUCUAGUCUCCGGCAGCAGAGAUGGGUUUGGAGCGGAAGGUGGACGCCCCGGUCUACGACCUGUCUCUGAUCAGAGGGAUCUGGGAGGUCCGAGUGAAGAAAUACAGACAGAGACAGAAGAAGGAGCAGGACAGGAUCGAGAACAGCGCCCUCACCAGGAUCAACCAGCAGUGGCAGUAUCGGAUCUACUGUAAGACGCUGAAGACCACCGAACUGAACCUGCUGCACCAUUACCUGGAGAGAUCUACCCUGACGCAUAUACAGUCGUACCCAGAAGACCAGACGAGCCCGGACCAGCAGCAGGACCAGGAAGUCCAGCAGGAUCAGAAGGAUCCAGAUCAGGACAAACUGAUCUUCCAGCUGGAUGGAGAGGAUGUGACGCAAUUCCCCAGGGAGCUGCAGUGGAUGACCUACCUGAAGGAGAUGCACGUCAGGGGGACAAAGAUCUGGCAGCUGCCUGACUACCUGGGUCUGUUCACCCAGCUCACCGUGCUCGACAUCCCCAAAAACGCCAUCGCCGAGCUGCCGCCUGAGAUCGGUAAACUGACAGCGUUGAGGGAGUUGAACGUCAGCUACAACCAUCUGUCCAAAGUCCCUCCGGAGCUCGGAAAGUGCGAGAACCUGGAGAGACUGGAACUGGCAGGAAACCACAACCUGUCGGAGCUGCCGUUUGAGCUGAGCGGCCUGAAGCAGCUGGUUCACCUGGACAUCGCGGAGAACAGGUUUGUGUCGAUCCCCAUCUGUGCUCUGAGGAUGAGCAGCCUGCAGCUGUUGGACCUGAGCCACAACAGACUGACCGACCUACCACAGGACAUGGACAGGUUGGAGCAGCUGGUCACGUUGUUCGUCCAUAAGAACAACAUGUCCUACCUCCCGCAGUGUCUCGUCAACAUCUCCACGCUCCAGAUGAUCGUCGUCAGCGGCGACGAGCUCACCUGCGUCCCCACCAAACUGUACAGCGACCCCGACAUCAAGUUUAUUCGACUGUACGAAAACCCCACGAGUGCGGAGAAGAAGAAAGAGGAGGAGGAGAAGAAAGAGAAGAGCAAGAAGAAGAGGUGGAGAGAGCAGAGAGAGGAGGUGGUGAAGAAGGACAGCAGAGAGAAAGAGUUCAUGGAGACGUACAUCAGCACGCUGAAGGACAGAGACACCGUCCCCUACUCCACCACCAAGGUCUCCAUCUCCUGCCUGCUGUGAGGAGGAGGAGGAGGAGGAUAAAGAAGAUUAAGCUGAUAGUCUGGCACCAUGUGAGUGACUGAAAGAUGAUCCGCUACAGCGCUUUUAAGAACAAAAAAGGUCAAACAGAGUCAAGCCGUCGAGGUAAAAAGGUGAAAUCAUUAGGUAACUCAAGGUGUUGACUUUCUGAAUUCAAACAUAAAUUUAAAACACUAAUUUAAAUUUAUGACAAGUCAAAAUCUUGAUUUGCUGAGUCAAAACAACAUUUUAAAAAGUGGAUAAAAUAAAAGUAAAUAAAAAUGAAUACGUUAAAACAAUGUAGAGAUGAUGAGGUUUGACAGAGAUCAGACUUAUUUUCACCAUCUAUUGUGAUUAUUGUCAUAAGUCGUCAUGGUGACUUUGGAUUUUUAACAUUUCAUGUAGUUUUUUCUUUUAGCAGGAAUGAACUUCCACAUUUUUAAGCUAAGGUUCGAUUGACUGAAGGUUUUGUUUUCCAAACAUCGUAAUAGUGAAUUUAUUAUUUCACGGCUUCCUGCUGCCUGAGUCACUGAAUCUUUUUUUUUUUUUUUUAAUUUACGUUUUAUUUUUGAGAAGCAAAAAUUCAUCAAAAACUCACUUUUCAUUCCAAAAUCAGAUUUCCAACAUUUAAACAGUCUGACAUCAGCUCGGACAUUAGAGCUUCAUUCUCAGCCGUUUUCACAAACUGUCCCAUUUCACACAUUUUACAAUUGAAUAUUUUUUAGAUAUUGAUCUUUGAAUUUCAGGUAUUUGAGAGAAACCUCUCUCACUCAGGGGGAUUCAAGCCAAAGCCAUGUUCAGUUUAGUGGGAGUUUAUCCUCAGUCUUUGCAGUGAGUCACUUUUUCUCUGACUUGCUUUAGUUUUCCUCUAAAGCAACAGACACUCGGGAUAAACUGGAUUUAUCAGUUCAGAGCGUAAAAGUUGUGACCGAGGAGAGAAAAGGCUGAACAUCAGAAAUAUGAAAGAUUUUUUUUAAACUGGAAUGAGUCUAAUUUUUUGAUUUAUAGGUUCAACGGUGUGUUAAGUCUAGCGAUUUGAUAUGUUUCAUGUACUAUAUAUAAUUAUUAGACAGUUUGUGAAGUUGUACAUUUUAUUGAGCUGCAACUAAAAACAAAACGUCAAUAGCCCGUGUUCAGAUCUAUUUUUAAAAAUAAAUCAUAUUUGAAUAAUUUCUAGCUACAAAAUUACUUUUACUAAAAUCAAAUCAGCGAUUUUAUUUCCAGACUUGAUCCUGUCAGUUUCUUCAAAAAGAGGAAAAUGAAGAAAAAACAUGUCUUUACUUUUAUAUUUUGCUGAUUUAUUGAACUGAUUUUCACCAAAGUCUCUGUGUGAUCCUUUGAUAGUAG